CGAAGCUCGUCAUCUCCUCGUCCACCUACAACAACAUGAAGUGCAUCGCAGCUCUCGUUUUGUUCGCCCUGGUCAGCACGGCGGCUCUGGCGAAACCUCUGGACACGGAGUCGUCGCUGGAACCGGUCAAGUCCGAAAUCGUGGCAGGACAGGAAGCGGAGGCCGUGCCUCGGGACAAGCGAGGACUGCUGGUAGGCGCGGCUUACACCGCUCCUGUCGCCUAUAGCGCGUACACCGCGCCGGUAGCCUACUCGGCUGCCUACAGCUACCCUUACGCUGCGUACACCGGAUAUCCGUACUACGCCGCUUCCUACUCCGCGCCCUACUACGUUCUCUAGGCCGAGUCACCACCCACCGUUCGGACUUAAUCACGACGACUGCACCCGAUCUCGACCGCUCUAUCCAGAGCUCUGGCCGCACAGAUCUGAUCGAGAUGCACGAACAACCACCCAACCACCCGCGCCCAAGCAGCACGCCGGCAUCGUUCCAUCCAUCCGCGAGAUCUUGCUCGCCACUUGGCCGCGUUCUUCUCCGCGUUACUAACCAUUAACAGACAAACGUAUAUAUACUACUUGUACGCGUACACGUAUCUCGCUGCGUAGAAUAAAAUACGU